AACCAAAUCCAAAUCCAAAUCGUUACUGUAGAUCUGUAGAUAAAAUCAUACAACCAAUCAAACCUAUAAUAUUUUUUUAUUUCUUUCAAAUCGGUUCUUUUUAGUGUUUUGACCCACCCAUAGCUAUCCACGCCCAAUUCAGUAUCUUCACAAUUCAGUCAAAAACUUCAAAAAUUUCAGUUCUUGAAGGAAAAUUCUUAUCUGGGUAGCUCUUAAUUUCGAUUUUGUCAAAUAAAGUUAAAGUCUUGAAAUUAGGGUUUUUAACUGUAGUAGCCAUGAAAGAAGGGAAAUCAAGUAAAUUGAAUAAUGGUAAUACCAAUCAGCAGCUUCUGCAUCAAGAACAUCAGUACAGUCACUUUUCUCCUCUCAGAUUUGCCAAGUUGUUGGAUCCUGAAGCUUCUUGGGAUAAAGAUCAAUUGGGUGAUGCUUUGCAUUGGAUUAGGCAAGUAGCGGCCGUAUUAUGUGGAAUUCUUUGGGGUACCAUACCCUUAGUUGGGGGCAUAUGGAUCGCCGCUUUUCUGUUGAUAUCCUCUGGGAUUGUAUAUGGUUAUUAUUCUUUGAUAUUAAAGAUUGACGAAGAAGAAUAUGGCGGUCACGGAGCCCUCCUGCAAGAGGGACUUUUUGCAUCUAUCACCCUUUUUCUGCUCUCAUGGAUCCUAGUAUACAGCUUGUCACACUUCUGAUUCGCUUGUUCUACUGAUGUUCGCCGUUUCAACCUCAAACAACUUAAAGCGUUUAGCGAUCGAUCUUAAUCAACUACACGAGGCAGCAGUAUUUCUGCCUGAAAACAAUGAGAAAGUUCUUCAAUUUGCCUUCGUUUGUGAAUCAUAUUGAUUUUGCUGAGCACCAAAAUACUAACUUUUCCUCAAUGGAAAAGCAAUCUUUUCGUUCAAUUUUUCUUUCUACAAAUAUUGCUAAAGAUACCAGCGAUAUUUAUGAUCAUGGCUUGUGCGAAUAAUUACUUUUGUUUCUCUUUAGUAUUCAGGAACUUGCGAAUUA